ACGAGGACGCGCGUCGGCGCCAUUUUGCCCGCGGGUCGGGUCGUGUUUUUCGUGUUUCGGGUCCGGGCGGUGAAGGAGCGGGAGCGGCGGCGGCGGCGGCAUCAUGGCGUACCGCGGGCAGGCGCCGAAGGUGCAGAAAGUGAUGGUGCAGCCCAUCAACCUUAUUUUCAGAUACCUUCAGAAUCGAUCACGAAUCCAAGUGUGGUUAUAUGAACAAGUCAACAUGAGGAUAGAGGGCUGUAUAAUUGGCUUUGAUGAGUACAUGAACCUUGUUUUGGAUGAUGCAGAGGAAAUUCAUAUGAAAUCUAAAGCAAGGAAGCCGCUGGGUCGUGUGAUGCUGAAAGGGGACAACAUCACCUUACUGCAGAGUGUCCACACCUAGACCUGCCAUCAGUGAAGCCAUUCCUUUAGUCUAUAGCACUCAAAGUCUGUUUCUAGCUUUUUGGAUGUCACCGUUCUCCUAACCAAUCUGUUUUAAUCGUGAUGUGUUUUUUUUACCUUUCUCCGAGAUAAAAACAUUACAACGUA